CCUUGUUAGAAACUGGCCGGUCACUCUAGUCACACGUCUGGCCCCUCCUCUUCUAACUCCUGGUCCAGUAUUCUGAGCUCAACCGGCUCAGCUUGUUGUUUGUGUGUGUGUGUCGCUGCAGCCGGGAUCAUGGCCUCGCCGCUGAGGUUCGACGGGCGGGUGGUGCUGGUCACCGGUGCGGGGGGAGGACUGGGGCGAGCCUAUGCCUUGGCUUUUGCAGAAAGAGGUGCAUCAGUUGUUGUGAAUGAUAUAGGAGGAGACGUUAAAGGAGAUGGUAAAAGCUCCUUAGCUGCUGAUAAAGUUGUUGAAGAAAUAAGAAGGAAAGGUGGAAAAGCAGUGGCCAGCUAUGAUACAGUGGAAGCAGGAGAGAAGAUUGUGAAGACAGCAUUGGAUGCCUUUGGAAGAAUAGAUAUUGUGGUCAACAAUGCUGGGAUUCUGAGGGAUCGUUCCUUUGCUAGGACAAGUGAUGAAGACUGGGAUCUAAUCCAUAGAGUUCAUUUGCGGGGCUCGUUCCAGGUGACCCGGGCAGCAUGGGAUCACAUGAAGAAACAGAAUUACGGAAGGAUCAUUAUGACUUCAUCAGCUUCAGGAAUAUAUGGCAACUUCGGCCAGGCAAAUUAUAGUGCUGCAAAGUUGGGUCUUCUGGGUCUAUCAAAUACUCUUGCAAUUGAAGGCAGGAAAAGCAACAUUCAUUGUAACACUAUUGCCCCUGCUGCGGGAUCACGGAUGACUGAGACUGUUUUGCCAGAAGAUAUUCUAGAAGGCCUGAAGCCGGAUUAUGUGGCACCCCUGGUCCUUUGGCUUUGCCAUGAGAGUUGUGACGAAAACGGUAGCUUGUUUGAGGUGGGAGCAGGAUGGAUUGGAAAAUUACGCUGGCAGCGGACUGUUGGAGCUAUCGUAAGGCAGAGGAAUCAGCCAAUGACUCCUGAGGCAGUGAGGGCCAACUGGGCGAAGAUCUGUGACUUUGAUAAUACCAGCACGCCCCAGAGUGUACAAGACUCAACUGGGAGUAUGAUUGGAGUUCUAAGUAAAAUAGAUUCGGGAGGAGUUUCGACAAAUCGUACCAGUCAUGCAGCAUCAACAACCACAUCAGGAUUUGAUGAAGCUAUUGGCUAUCAGCUUCCUCCGUUUUAUUCUGCUUAUACUGAACUGGAAGCUAUUAUGUAUGCCCUUGGAGUGGGAGCGUCAGUCAAGGAUCCAAAAGAUUUGAAAUUCGUUUACGAAGGAAGUUCUGAUUUCUCCUGUUUGCCUACCUUUGCAGUUGUCUUAGCUCAGAAAUCUGUAAUGAGUGGAGAUCUAGGAGCAGUUCCUGGGCUUUCAAUCAACUUAUCAAAGGUUCUUCAUGGGGAGCAAUACUUGGAGUUAUAUAAACCACUUCCCAGAACAGGAAAAUUAAGAUCUGAAGCACGUGUUGCUGAUGUCCUGGAUAAAGGAUCCGGCUCAGUAAUUCUUAUAGACGUUUAUUCGUAUUAUGAGAAGGAACUUAUAUGUUACAAUCAGUUCUCUAUCUUCGUUGUUGGCUCUGGAGGGUUUGGUGGAAAACAAUCAUCAGACAAAGUCAAGGAAACUGCAGCCAUACCUAAUAGACCUCCUGACGCUGUACUUACAGAUACCAGCUCACAUGACCAGGCAGCUUUGUACCGCCUCAGUGGAGACUGGAAUCCCUUGCACAUUGAUCCUGAUUUUGCUAACCUAGCAGGUUUUGACAAGCCCAUAUUACAUGGAUUAUGCACAUUUGGAUUUUCUGCCAGGCAUGUUUUAAAGCAGUUUGCAGAUAAUGAUGUGUCCAGAUUCAAGGCAAUUAAGGUUCGUUUUGCAAAACCAGUAUAUCCAGGUCAAACUCUACAAACUGAGAUGUGGAAGGAAGGAAACAGAAUCCAUUUUCAAACUAAGAUCCAAGGAAGUAGAGACAUUGUCAUUUCAAAUGCAUAUGUAGAUCUUGUGCCAACAUCUGGAGCAUCUGAUAUUUCAACAACCUCUGAGGACGGAGAGCUUCAGAGUACCCUUGUGUUUAAGGAAAUAGGUCGCCGCCUUAAGGAUGUUGGGCAUAAGGUGGUAAAGAAAGUAAAUGCUGUAUUUGAGUGGCAUAUCACCAAAGGUAGAAAUGUUGCAGCUAAGUGGACUAUUGACCUAAAAAGUGGUUCUGGAGAAGCAUAUCAAGGCCCUGCAAGAGGCUCUGCUGAUACAACCAUCAUCAUUUCAGAUGAAGAUUUCAUGGAGGUGGUUCAGGGCAAGCUUGACCCUCAAAAGGCAUUCUUUAGUGGCCGACUGAAGGCAAGAGGAAACAUCAUGCUGAGCCAGAAGCUUCAGAUGAUCCUGAAAGACUACGCUAAGCUUUGAAGGGUACACUAGAUUACUAAUAAAAAUAGAAGAAUUAAACUAUCUUCACCAAAAUAUACUUGAUUAUUCGACAAAAGCGAUCAAAACUAAGAUACAGGAGAAGUUGUUUAACAUUUUCCAGUUUCAGACGGCUUUUCAGAUUUUCAUUUUCUACUAAUUGUUCAUGUCUCAUUAUUUUUACAAGGAAUUGGUAAGCAAGCACAUAAUUACUCUUCUGUCCUUAGAUCUGUAUCUACAUAAUAAAAAAUUUUUACCCAA